AUGGUCGAUUCUACUUCAAGGGAUAAACUGACCGAUGAAGAGUUUCGUCAGAAAUUAGAAGCUCAUUUUGCAUUGUACCGAUUAAAUCUACGAUCGCCACUGAUAACCAACAUCACUGUCAAUCAAUGGUACCGCGCUGACCUUUUGCUGGUCAAUGAAGUCGGUCUUUUCAGGCGUGCUGAUAUUGAGCCCGAUGGCAUAGUAGAGAUUGGAUGCGAGAUUCUACAGUCCAGACACAGCAAGAUGGCUCCACUCGAAGCAGAUCCCGAAUGGAAAAUUGAAAUCAGACCCGCACACACCUGGAACAAGAGGACCAAUACUCUGUUGAAUCAAUUCGAUGAAAUUCCUGGUUUCCAAGCAAGUGGUAGAGGUGCAUUGGAGUAUCGAUUAGUAAAAGCCCAAACGAAAACGAAAGCACUAGAAGGGUCAGGAGAAGGGUCAGGAGCAAAAGUAACCUCAAACCUGGAUAAUGCAGUUCAAUCCCAAAAACCCCGUCACUACUUGCGGUUCUAUCCUACAAAGCUUGAUAAAUUUCCUCAGCAAAACGACAAAAACCCUGAUCCAAUGGAUAUUAUUUUACCACUUGUGGUUGGACCUCUUUAUGUAGAAGACAACAGCAACAACAGUAAUUUAUCUCGAAAAGACACUUCUUCCUCUUUACCGUCAUCGUCACCGUCAGUUAAUACAUAUGCCCCACCUGAACUAUGGCCCGAUACAACUGAGAUGGUGUAUGAUACCUAUCGAAUGUUUAACACAAAAAACAAUGUGGUCAUUCACGAGUCCUGGGACUCUGGUAUACCCGGAAAGAUAUGGGAUUCUGCGCUGGUAAUGCUGGAUGUGCUCAAGAAGAUGGCAGCCGUGAAGCCUGAAUACCUAAGCUCAAAACAUAUUGUAGAUUUGAGUGCAGGAACAGGUCUUUUGGGACUUUAUCUUGCCAGUCUAAUGACAAAAGAAUCAGAUAGCCAAGUAAAGUGCGGAAAAAUUACGAUCACUGAACUCGACGAAGCCUUGGCGCUUAUUGACAAGAACGUGGAUUUGAAUCAAUAUCUUGUUCCAGACCAACCGAAUGAUAUUUCUUCUGUCACUACUACUAUUAGGCUUGCUACCAAGCCGUUGCUUUGGGGUAAUUUAGAGCAGGCCGCCGAGUGUGGAAAGGCAGAUGUGAUUUUGGCUUCAGAUGUGCUCUAUGAAUCCGAAUUCUUUGAAGACCUAGUAAAGACUUUUGUGGACCUGAGUACCUCGGAAACCAGAAUAUACAUCGGAUACAAGCGCAGAGGAUUUGAGGCAGCAGACGAAAGGCGGUUUUGGGCUCUCUGUGGCGAGCACUUUGAUGUAAGCUUUUUGACAGCCGACAACUCACAAGACACAGAUAGCUGUUUGGUACCUUUUAGUGCGUUGGCUACAGGUGUCCAACUAUAUCGUUUGACAGUAAAGCAUACGAGCUUAAUAUAAAGCAAUAAUAUUAUAAAAUAAAAAUAAAACAAUUCAUUAAUGUUUUUAUUUAUAC